ACCUUCAUGAGUCUGAGGCUGCGACUCCACAACGGCCUGCCGAUGCAAGCUUGGCUUCCGACUCUCCUCUACGCUCAGAAAUUAGUCGGAACUCAUCUACAAGACCAUAUUGUUCGUGCUCUAUCACAACGAGUACACAUGGGUACUCUAUCGCGAGGAUCGCCACCAUCACGCCGACCACACGAGAUCCUCCUCAUGCCUCUACCACCGAGACCCACUCCUUUCGAUGAUCGUGCGUUUAACUCGGCGUGCUCCAAUACUUCUGCAGUAGCUCGAAAAGCAUCGUCCCAAGAGUCCACUUUGGCUCAAACUGUCGAUAAACUCGUUCAUGAUCUACGCUACCAAUAUUUGGUAAAAGUGCCGGUCUCCCCCACCGUUGGACCCACGCGAGCCUUUCCGUCCAGCUCUGAUAUCAAUGCAUAUCACAAAGACGUUGUCGUCGCACCCAUAUUGUCACUAUUGUCACAUCUAGGAGCCAGCGCCGCCAAGAUUCGUUUGAGCUGCGUGCUUCACGCCCUGACCCAAGGUAUCUCCGUCGUUUCCGUCGAAAGCGAUUUGCAAGUGUCCGCCGACAGACAGGGUACUCCUGUGGUUAUCCUGCUGCCGCAGGACACUUUAAGAAAAUCGGCAAUAUCUAUACAUCUACAGCUGCCAGUAGCUGUAGCAGAAUGUGUGCGUGGCCAUUGGAGGCAACAUCCUGCGAGACCUAUUAUCUGCAGUGACUUUUCCACACUCUUUAUUCUACACCCUCCGGCUCUAUCCAAGAAACGUGAUGCCGUUUUCGAGAGCAUUUCCCUUGACUCCGGAUGCGUUGCCCUUCGCAUAGCAAUCGCAGCAUGCGUGCAUGCGGCUCUUCCCGCCAAUACAAUGGCGAAGCCCUUCAGAUUCAACAGACCACUUCCGCUUGGUUGCAUCAUAGACCCCGCUAAGCAGAUGGACCCUGAUAACAAAGUAUUCCAGACGUGCCGCCACCACGCAGACUUCGAUUAUUUUACUCUGACUCGGGAUCAAGGACGAGCUCUCCAGUUCUUCCGCUGGAAGGAGCAUGCUCUUGCCACCGCCCCUAGACCCCUAACUCCUGGAGUGCGACUGUUCGCACGUACCGACGCAUAUUUCAGACGGGAACAUCUACUGAAGUCGUACUAUGAUAUGCACGAAAUGCACCCAGAGACACAGGAUCAUUUGAGACGCACCCAGAGGAGAGAUAUACUCCGGGAAACUGUGCGGCUCUCGACAUCCUCUUCUUUUUCGAUCGAGAUUAUGGACGACCUUACCCCGUCUGCACCACCUGCCGCCGAGCGCGAGUGCACGACAUACCGGUGCCGCAUGGUUUCCGUUGACGAUGAUUUUACACCGUCCUCCGCUAAGCUUUGCGUUAAACUGUUCAACGAUAGGCAGGCGUAUAUGAAAUCGCCUACGCCUGAGAUGGUGAAGGAGGGGUUGCCGUUUCGGUGGUGGACACGAUGGAGACGUAGCGAGGACUCUGUCCGCUAUGAGCAUGCGUCGUACACUCGGCUCGCAUGUUUACAGGGCUCUGUACUGCCGUGGUAUUACGGAGCACAUGAGUUUACCCUUCCUGAUGGGCGCGUGGUGUACGGUAUCCUCCUGGAAUUCGUCGAAGCCCCUUCGUUAGCACGUCUACGUGCCGAAGCCCUUUGCGAUGACGAACAAAUACAGCUUAUCAAGAGCAUUCGCCAUAUAAUCUCCGCACUGCAAUGUGCGGAUGUCUCUCAGCACGACUGGCACAGUGAGCAGCUGCUCUGCCCUCACCACCCGGAAUUCGGAUACCAUGCCGUCCUCAUCGACCUCACAAGUACCAGUACAACUAUUGAUCCAGAGGUCUAUCAUGGCGACGAUGACGUUGACGCAUGUUAUGCGAUGUUGUGCGACAAAGACCCGGAGUUUUGGACAGGCCUCCGCGAAGAGCUUGUGAACAAACACUUUCGCUGGAGGGAAGUAUGGGAUCCUCGACCUAUAACUCUUCUUGACGGUUCAUUGUUCAAGCCGCCCAACCCUUAUCGCACAUUGUUCGGAGGAGCGGGUUCGAAGGUGUCGAGGUGAGAUGCGUAAGAGGGUGUGUGAACUCAUAAUGUCGACUGGUGACGGGAUGCUGGCGAUCAUAGCCAUACGGUCGCAUUAUCGGGAUGUGUUCUUGCUUGGUCUUUGUCAGUAGAUAUGCCAUCGACCUUAUGUUCUAUCUCCCUCUGUCUGGAAUUCUGAUU